ACGUGGUAGCUCAGCUGCCACGAGUAGCAGCGUUCCUCCCCCGUCACAGGCUGCGAAUUCGCGCCGUACGGGAAAAUAGGCGAGAGGCGAGAGGGGAUCUCCAUGGGGAACCGCGACAGACCUAGCGAGCGUAGCAUUAAUUUCUUAUAAUUUUGAUUUUUUUUGCGCGGCGGCCGUCUUCCGAUGCACUAGGAAAAAUAAAUUAGUGUCUCCAACCAAACCAUUUAGUUAAGACAUUUUUUAACAGCAACCAAAUAUCUUGUUUUCUAUAACAAAAUAUUUAUUUACUUCUGCUAAAUAUACUUUUCUGAUUUGUUCUGUGGACCAAAUGAUUUUGUUCUUAGACCUCGCAUACAACAAUUAAGCAUUUUAGUUAUUUUACCCACAGAAACUACAUAAUAAUUAAAUCUUCUGUUACAUAAGCUAAAAUAAUGCUCAAUGAGUACAAUAUCGUCUUUCUAUGCAUUAAAAUUUAGAUUUUAUACACUAUUUUAUAUAUUAACAAAAUAUUAUAGUAGCUUUAACAAAACUGCCUUGUUCUUCUAACCAAACGAUUUGGUAUAUUUUAUACACAAGGGCGCCGUUAUUCACGAAUAGAUGGCGCAGGUACGUGCUGUUGGAAACAAAUGGUAUCAGAUAAUAGCGUGGUUAGCCCGCGUUUCUGCAUGCCAUUUUAUUUUUUUUUCUGGCUCUACGUGUCUACUGUUGUGAGACGUUAUAUUUAUAACUCAUGUAAUACAAUUACAUGCAGUGAGAUCGUUUCGUGUUUAGUGAAAACAUCUUCGCUGUUCUUCUGCGAAACAAACCUUGAAGGUAAACUGAACUUGUGUGUCUUUCUCUGUAUUAUUCUGAUUUUCUCAAGUAUAGCAACGUAGUAUAAAAUGAGCGACGACGACUUCAUUAUUCAAACAUUAAAAGAAUGGGGUCUUGAAAAGUGGACAUCAAAAUUUUUAGACCAAGAAAUAAGCCCUUCAUUAUUGUUGAGUAUUUCGGAACAAACAUUAAUUGAAUUAAUACCAACCAUUGGUGCAAGAUGUAUUUUUAUAGAAAAAAGGAAACAGUUUUUAAAAGAACAGUCAGCAAAGAAUAUUUCUAGAUAUGAAAAUGUUCCGAAUACACAAGGUAUAUCUGCAGACAUAUCCAAAGAAAUAAUAGAACAAGAAAAAGAAGUCGAAUUACCUGAAAUAUUGGAACAAAGUGAAAAUGCAAUACUAAUAGAAAUAGAAGAUCCCGUAGCUCAUGAAUCAAAGGAUCUCGAUAUUAAAAAUGUGUAUUCCUUAGAUUAUAAAAAAAUUUUGGAACAAUCUAUAGAUGGAAGAAUUAUUAUUGCUAAUUACAAAAAAGAAGUAAAACUUAAUAGACAAUUACGUUCUAAACUUGUUGACGUAAUUAUAACAAAAUUAAUGUCGUUGUUCUAUAGUAACGAACAAGGGAUAUCUCUAAAAAACGAACAUUUUGAGUUUAUUGCAACUCAAAUUGUAAAAAUAUUUCCUACUGAAAAUAUCAGUGUCUAUUACGUUCCACCUAAAACUGAAGGGCCUCAACAAAAAAUUUCUAAAGGAAAAUUAGUGGAUUCUUAUAGAAAUAAACUGAGAGAAUGUCGAAAAUGUGGAAUAAUAAACAAGAAAAGAAAAAAAUCUCAGGACGAUGAAGAUAUAGAAGAAAUAGAAGAAGAUGCAGAGUCUAUUUCUCAUGAGAAGGAGAAAGACAAAUGUACAACUCAUUUUAAUUGGCUAAAAUAUAAUACAGCUCCAUGGUUUAUGGUACAAAAUCAUUGGGAGCAUUCGCGAGUACUUAGACAAGAACGUAUUGCAAAGCUUCAUGGUAACUUACAUACGUUAUUUGAAGAAUGGCCUGUUUUAAAGCAACCACUCGGAUAUACUUUAAUUAACGAUGAUUAUAUUUUUUCUUUUGAGGAAACAACUAAUAUAUUUACUGAAUGGCCACAAUUCUCACAAAAAUUACAAAAAGUUAUUAAAGAGAAUGUAAAAGAUAAAUAUUAUUUUACAUUAUAUCAUGAGAGCACUUUAGAUGAGAUUUCAGAAGAGUCAAAAAGAGUUAUACUCUUAUCAUUAUUGCCUGUGGUAUGUCCUCCUCAAGCUAGAGUCAAAUUUGAUAAAAACAAAUUAUGGAAGCCAAGUAUAGCGGAAUCAAUUUCAGGAUUUAUUUUACAUAUUAAGACGCCAGGAGAUAUUGAAAUAGAAAUUCAACAGAAGAGAAAUAAGGCACUAGAAUUAAAACAAACUGUGCAACCAUUUAUUAUUAUUGUUGGUCUAAGUUUAAGGCAAAUAGACAGUUAUUAUGUCGUAGUUGACGAUGUCUUAUAUAAAUUGGACAACAUUUUGAAAGCCAUAGAUAUUUGCUUUAAAAUAUUUAUGGUAUUAGAUGCACAAUAUCCUACUGAAUGUGAACAGGUAUGGUUGUUUUUUCAACUGUACAUUUAUAAGCAGCGAACUAAAAAUGACAAAGUUAUUAAAUCAGUCCUAGAUUUUCACGAAAAAAUUGCUAAUGCGUAAAUAAUUGAACGAUUUUUAUUAACACUUAAUGAAAAGCACUUCUUUCAUUUAACGAUGUUUUAUUGUUCUUUGUGUACGUUUUCUUAUACUAAAAUUGAUCUUCUUAUUAACCAUUUAUCACAUAUACAUAAAUAUUCUUCUAACCGACUUGUUUGUAAACAAAAUAGUUGUUAUCGAGAAUUUCAUAAAUUAAGUAAGUUUAAAAAACAUUUAUUAAGUAAGCAUGCUAUUGAUCAGAAUAUUACUGCAUUUCCUCAAAAUAAAUUUAAUUUAGAAAACACAGAUUUAAAUAUUGAAAACGUACACACUCAAGAUGUAAGCAACAAUAAUGAUAAUUACCAUGAUGUAAAACGCUACAAUGAUAAUGGAAGCAUCAUAAUUAGUCAUAUAAAGGAUCAAUUAAAAGAAUCAGCAUCUUCUUUUAUUUCAACUUUUUAUAGUGACAAAACUAUACAUAAUCGUAAUAUUCAAAAAAUAAUAGAUAUAACAAAAGAAUUUAUAGAAGAUGAUAUAAUUUUAAGUCUAAAGAAAAAUGUAAAACAAGUACUAGAAAAAUCAAAUAUCGAUAAUAGCGAAACAAUUUUAAAUAUAGAAGAAAUAUUUCAUGUAUAUGAAAAUCCUUUUCACGGUUUAGAAUCGGAAUAUAAAAGACUUCAGUUUUUUAAAAAUAGAGGUAGUUUUAUAGAAGCUGAAUCUUAUGUAAUUGGUACAAGAAACAUUCCUAAACGACAUAAAGGACAAAUUUCACUUAUACCUGUGAAUGCGAAUGGUCAAUUUGUUUCAAUUAAAAAAGUAUUAAAUGGAUUGUUUAAUAUUCCAGGAUUUUUGAUAACAAUAUUAAAUUAUAUGCGCAGUUUGUCUGAAAAAAGUAACGUAAUUUAUAAUGUUAUUCAAGGUAAAGUAUACAAAUGCUUGUUGAGACAGUUUCCAGCUGAUUCUAUAGUACUACCUCUUACUCUAUUUUAUGACGCUUUUGAAACACAAAAUCCUUUAGGUGGACAUGCAGGCAAUCAGAAAAUGGGCGCAACUUACUUUUCUUUGCCUUGUAUUCCACCACAAUUUUCUUCAAAAUUAGACAAUAUUUUUCUCACUUUAUUAUGUAACGAAAAAGAUAGAAUAGAAUUUGGAAACAAAAGUGCUUUUUUACCACUUAUAAAAGAAUUGAAGUAUUUAGAAAAUAAUCCUGUAUUUAAAACUAGUGAUAACAAGGAUAUCUACGUUUGCCUUACGUUGAUUACAGGUGACAAUCUCGGAAUACAUGAGAUUUGCGGUUUUGUAGAAAGCUUUGUUGCUAAUUUUCCAUGUCAUGUCUGUAAAAUGUCGCGUGAUUUAUUAAGAGAAACGACUACUGAAAUCGAUGCCCUUUUACGAACAAAAAUAAAUUACGAAAUAGAUAUAAGAUUAGGAGACGUAUCAAAGACAGGCAUAAAUGAAGAAUGCAUUUUUAAUUCUUUACAAAAUUUUAAUUUGUUCGAUAAUCUUGCAUUCGAUAUUAUGCAUGACAUAUUUGAGGGUGUAUGUCAAUAUAAUUUGUCUCAGUUACUCUUACAUUACAUAUAUGAAGCUAAACUUUUUACACUUGACGAAUUAAAUAAUCGAUUACAUAUAUUUGAUUUUGGCCUCGAAGAUGGAGUAAACCGUCCUUCUGCUUUAAAAAAACAAAAAUUAAAAAAUUUUCGUUUAGGUUUCUCUGCGUCCGAGACAAUUUAUUUUGUAAAGUACUUUGGAUUGUUAAUUGGUGAUUUGAUAUCAAAGAGUGAUAAAUAUUGGGAUUUAUAUGUAUCUUUAAGAGCUAUUAUUGAUAUACUCAUGGCACGAUCAGUAACAACUGCAGAUAUUGAAUACUUAAACAUUUUGAUUACAGAACAUUUAGAAAUUUAUAUCAAUUUGUUUGGAAAAACUUUGAAAGUAAAGUAUCAUAAUAUGCUUCAUUAUCAUCGAGUUAUAAGGAAAUUUGGACCAUUAAUUAAUAUCUGGUGUAUGCGUUUUGAAGCUAAUCACCAAAAGCUCAAAGCAUAUGCGCGUAUAACAUCAAGUGUAAACUUACCUUUGACACUGAUGCAAAAAAA